AUGGGCAAUCACACUCGAGUGAGAACAUUCUUUCUGUGGGGAUUUUCCAGUUUCCCAGACCUGCAGGGUCUACUCUUUGUGGUGAUUUUCUUCUCGCAUGUGACCAUCCUGGCUGCAAAUGUGUCCAUCAUGGUGGCCAUCAAGCUCAGUCACAGCCUUCACACCCCCAUGUACUUUUUCCUCUUUGGCCUCUCUUUCUCAGAAACUUGCACCACUGUGGUGAUCAUCCCCCGCAUGUUGGUAGAUUUGCUAUCAGAGAGCAAGACCAUAUCUCUUCCUGAGUGUGCCACACAGAUGCUUUUCUUCUUUGGUUUGUCAUCUAAUAAUUGUUUCAUCAUGGCUGCUAUGUCCUAUGACUGUUACACAGCCAUCCACAACCCUCUGCACUAUCAUACACUUAUAACACGAAAGAUAUGCAUUCAGCUUAUGAUGGCCUCUUGUAUCAUUGGGUUCCUGGUUUCUCUGUGUGUCACCGUCACUGUAUUCAACUUGUCUUUCUGUAACGCCAACACUAUCGACCAUUUCUUCUGUGACAUUGCACCUGUGGUCCACCUUGCUUGUGAUUACACUCCCCGUCAUGAAAUGACUAUUUUUGUGCUUUCUGCUUUUGUAUUGGUCGGCAGCUUUAUUUUAAUUAUGAUUUCCUAUAUCUUCAUUUUGUCCAUAAUUGUGAGGAUGUCUUCUGCAAAGGGGAGGUAUAAAGCCUUCUCAACUUGUUCCUCUCACCUCACGGUUGUGUUUCUACACUAUGGCUUUGCUUGCUUUGUCUAUUUGAAGCCCAAGAACAGUGACACAUUCUAUGAAAACAUGAUGAUGGCUGUGAUAUAUACAGUGCUAACACCACUGCUUAACCCCAUCGUUUACAGUCUAAGAAAUAAAGAAAUGCAGAUAGCCCUGAGGAAAGUUCUAGACAAUGUCAAUAGGUUUAUUCCUCAGAUGGCCCCAAAGAAGGAGCCACAGCACCUGAGAGAGGAGCAUGAAGCCAAAGUAAUUCAUGUUUCUCCUUGUAAUGUCUAUGAUGCAUAA